CAGUGUUUGUGCGCUGAAGUGUUUUCCUUUUUAGCCGUCUGUCAGCUACAGAAAUGGCGUCAUCCUCUGCUGUAGUGUUGGGAUAGUCAGUGCAGUGCAGACAGCAGGCACACCACGCUGCCGUACUCAAAGAACCGAGCACCGUGCGGCGUUUACUGUGUUAUCACUUUAUCCCAAAGCACUUCAUUAUCCAUGCAUUUGUCUAGACCGAAGAAGGAUGUCGUCUCCUUGGCCAAGCGACGAGUUACGUUGUGUUUGCUCGCCCUUUGUAGCCACAAGCCAAGUCUGCCUGCUGCUGGCUGACUGACUGACUGACUGACUACAGCGCACUGGGCAUUACAUAAACGGCUUUAAAGGCUCUGCGAAUGAGAGUGAUCAGCACUGCCACGGUUUUGACUUUGCAACACAGAUAUUUUUGGAGAAUGUGGUUCGAAAUCUCGGGCGCACAUACCAUCACCCCAUGCCUCAGCUUCCUUACACUGGUCACCUAGAGGACUCAUAGAGAGAUGAAGACUCUGGAGGAGCCCCCCUACUUGACAGUAGGGACGGAUGUGAGUGCCAAGUACCGAGGGGCUUUCUGUGAGGCCAAGAUUAAGACUGCCAAGAGGCUAGUCAAGGCCAAGGUGACCUUUAAACCAGAUCUGUCGACGGCUGAGGUUCAUGAUGAAAACAUCAAAGGGCCUCUAAAGGUGGGUGCUGUUGUAGAGGUGAAGAAUCAGGAUGGAGUUUACCAGGAGGCCACAAUCAACAAGCUGACCGAUGCUAGUAUAUAUACUGUUGUGUUUGACGAUGGCGAUGAGAAGACCCUGAGGCGUUCCUCUCUCUGCCUGAAAGGAGCGCGUCACUUUGCAGAGAGCGAGACACUCGACAGACUCCCUCUCACCAACCCCGAGCACUUCGGCACACCUGUCAUUGGCAAGAAGGGCAACCGCGGCCGGCGAUCAAACCCAAUUCAAGAAGAAGAGUUGUCUUCCUCCUCCAGUGAAGAAGAGGAGAGCGAUCAGCGUCAGAAUGAGGAUCUGUUCGGCAAAGUGGUCUGUGUGGAGGGGGUCGCCACUGGGGACAAAAAGAAGACCACGUGGUAUCCUGCUCUGGUCAUCUCCCCGGACUGCCAUGAAGACGUGACUAUGAAAAAGGACAACAUCUUCGUCCGCUCUUUCAAGGAUGGAAAAUUUUACACGGUGCUGCGGAAAGAUGUCCGCGAGAUGAACAGCGACUGUCCUCCAAAAGCCGACGCAGGGCUCAAACAAGCACUGGACGCAGCCUUGGCGUUCCAGCAACAGUUCGUCGUGCCCAGCACCUGGAAGACAGAAGUGAAAGAAGAAAGUUCCAGCAGCGAGGAGGACGACGAGGAUGAAGAGGAAGAGCAGGAGGAAGAUGCCAGCGGCGAAGAGGAGGAGGAGGAAGUUGAGCCAUUCCCAGAGGAGCGGGAGAACUUUCUGCAGCAGCUGUACAAGUUCAUGGAAGACAGAGGGACUCCCAUCAACAAACGGCCUGUGCUGGGCUACAGGAACUUGAACCUGUUCAAGCUCUACAGGCUGGUGCACAAACUAGGAGGCUUCGACAAUAUUGAAAGCGGCUCCGUUUGGAAGCAAGUCUAUCAGGAUCUGGGAAUCCCUGUGCUCAACUCAGCCGCUGGCUACAAUGUCAAAUGUGCUUACCGCAAGUACUUGUAUGGAUUUGAGGAAUACUGCACCUCCACCGCCAUCACCUUCAGGAUGGACCUCCCUUUGAAGCAGGUACCCAAAGGGGAGGUGAAGCCUGAGGGGGAGGCAGGAGGAGCAGCGGCUGCAUCGUCCAGCUCAGAAGAGCAGAAACCCCAAGUGGAUGGAGAACCUUGUAGCACACAGCCUUUAGUCUGCAAGGAUGAGAAACCCGAUUUGACCCAAAGCCAAAUGGAGUCUGAACCAUCAAAAACCGAGGGAAAGGACAGCGGAAAUGACAACGAUGACGAGGAAGAUGGUCCCCUCAAGGGAGACGCAGAUGAGGGGUCGUCGACGGCCCGCCUCGGAGCAGAGAGCGUGAAGCAGGAGCCUGAUGAGGAGCAGGAGAGCAAGGACAACUCUGGGGAUGACAGCAGUCAGGAGGGGGAGGAAGGGGAGGAGUUUGAGUGUUACCCCCCGGGGAUGAAGGUGCAGGUGAGGUAUGGGCGAGGCCGCAAUCUGAAGACGUACGAGGCCACUGUGAAAGAGGCAGACGUGGAGGGGGGAGAGGUGCUCUACCUGGUGCACUACUGUGGCUGGAACGUCAGAUAUGAUGAAUGGAUCAAAGCAGACAAGAUUGUGCGUCCUGCCAAUAAGAACGUACCAAAAAUAAAGCACCGCAAAAAAAUAAAGAACAAAGCUGAGAGGGAGCGAGACAGGUUGGAGAGGCUGAAUGACAGGGAAGUCCUCGGCCCUUCGUCCAACACUGACCGCGUCCCACGCUCCAAGUGUGGCCUGAGUCAGGAUGUCUUUUCCAAGAUGGACGAGGGUGAGGACAAAGGGACUCAGCAGUCUCCAGUCAAGUCUAUAGAAAUUACUUCUAUCCUCAAUGGCCUGCAAGCCUCUGAGAUGUCCACAGACGAAAGUGAGCACGAGGAUGAGGAGGGAGAGCAUACGGAAGAGGAUCGCCCAGGUUGCAGAGGCAGCCCCAGAAAGGCCCUGCCAGAUGCCCCGGAAACAUCAGAGCGCUGGGAGAGCGGGGCCCCUCCUGAAGAAUCCAGACCUUCUCCAGUCUCAGGAAAGAACCAGGAUUUAGUCAGUGCAGAGAGCGCAGACGCUGGGAAGCGCAGAGGCCAACUGGAGUUAGAGGGAGAGGCGAGCACAAGGAAAAGGAAAUCUGACAGUGCAGCAGAGAGGACCCCGAAAGGCCAAUCCAAGGCUAAGACCAGGAACACCAGGAGUGCUGACUGGUUGCCUGGAGGCUCACCCAGGAAACUGGAGGAGAGAGCGGCUGGUCCAGGGCAGGAGAGGGGGGCCUCGUCCAGCAGCAGUUCAGAUGAUGAGGGUGCAGCACUGGCCGAGUCCCAGGCGGAAGAAAGUGAGCGAAGCCGGACAAAAACCAAAGGUUCCCCUUCCAAGAAAUACAACGGGAUGAAGGAGAAGACCAAAACUGGCAGACAAGCUGGCUUCUGGGAGAUGCCUGAAAAGAGGGCCAAAUUGUCUGGGAAUACAGAGGAGAGGCCAGCUGUCCGCUCGAAGGGCCAAAAGGAUGUGUGGUCCAGCAUCCAGGCCCAGUGGCCUAAGAAGACUCUCAAAGAGUUGUUCUCUGACUCGGACACAGAGGCCAAUUCUCCUCCUCCACCUGUACCCUUGUGUCUGGAGGAGCCGAGUGCCGAACAGGAUGCUGGACCCGAGGACGAGGCCUCAGAGGAGCAGAUGGAGAAUGACAAACUACAGGAGUUUCCGAGCAGUGGCAGUAACUCUGUACUCAACACACCGCCUACAACGCCCGAGUCCCCCUCAGGAGGAGGCAGUGCUGUGGAAGAGUCAGGUCAAGUGCAGCCUUCCUCCCCGCCGCCGUCCGCACCACCCGUAUUGCCUUCAGAGCCGGUUUCUGACGCUCUUCCCCCAGUACCCAUACAGGAGGAAGUGGCAGGUGGGCGCAGUGAGACAGACAGUAGCACGGUGGAGGUGGAGAGUCUGGGCGGGGAGCUGCAAGACCUCCCUCAGGAUGACGGGGCAGGUUCCCCCUCAAAGGUAUUUGACGUCAGCCUCUCCUGCAACAGCAGCAGCAGCAGCGGCAGCCUAGAGCUGAGCAGCAGCAGCCAACAGGACAGUGAGCAGAAGUCCAAAGCGUCUGUGAGUCAGAAGCGGCAGAAAGAAUCACAGACAGGUGGAGCCUCAAAGAAACACAAGCCAAACCGCAAGAGCCUAGGAGUGCCUCCCAAAAAGAAUAGGAAAACAGCCAACAGCAGUGACAGUGAAGACCAGUCUGUUGUUGAGAGCACUGCCAAAUCAACUGCCUCUAAGAACAUUGCGUCAGACGUGAAGGCUGCCAUUUCGCCCAAGUGUCACGGACGAUCUCCCCCUUCGAGCCAUAAGUACCACAAGCAGGGUGACGCUGACCACAGCCAGCACCGAGACCACCAUGGAAGAUCGCCACGCGUGUACAAGUGGAGUUUCCAGAUGUCUGACCUGGAAAAGAUGAGCAGCCUGGAGAGGAUUUCGUUUCUUCAGGAGAAGCUGCAGGACAUCAGGAACCACUACCUCUCCCUCAAGUCUGAGGUGGCCUCUAUUGACAGACGACGAAAACGCAUGAAGAAGAAGGAGCGGGAAAGCACAGUGGCUGCUUCCUCUUCAUCCUCCUCCUCCUCCUCCUCCCCGUCCUCCAGCUCGCUGACUGCGGCAGUCAUGCUGACACUGGCCGAACCUCCGGUGUCAUCCUCAUCCUCCUCUUCUCAGAACUCUGGGGUAUCAGUGGAGUGCAGGUGACAGGACGAACCAGCAAAAAGCCACCGCACUAAGCACUUAACCAGCACCCCGGGGUCACCGCCCCAUUCCCCUCCAACAGGACAGAGAAGUCAACCUACAUACUGUAACUGGGGCACAAAAAACCAGACCAGAGACAAAAAAACAAAACAAGAAACAAGCACUAUUUUCUAUUGACAACUGUUUCCUUGGCAAGCUAAUGGCACUUAAGUGCACUUUUAUGAAGAUGUGUAGGGGGGAAGAAAUUUGUCAACAAAAAAAAGAAUUGUCUUUUGCGCUCUCCUUAAUUGAACAUUUAUAAGAAUUGUUUUUGCAAGCAAUAAUUGUCUCCAUUUGAUAAAGCUGUAUUGGUAAGGGAUGGUUUCCAGUGAAGACCCCUCCGUGCUCUGUCCUCGUAGCUCAACACGGUGGAGCCUGUGCUCGCCAUGUUAUUAUUAUUAUGGGGAAUUCAGAGGAGCACUGCCACAUUGGCAUUAAGGGUGUAGAAAAAGUAACUUUGCCACGUUUCUCUGUCUAAAAAAAGGCCUUCAUGUGGUUACACCUCAAGCGGUUGACGAUGCUCUUGAUGGAUAGGGUUUCAGACCAUCAUAGGUCCACUGACAGCCUCAGUGGAUGCAUAUGGAAUGAUACUGUAGUGCCUUUUUGUUCUUUUCUAUGGGGCACUUUGAGAAAGACAGCACUUUUUUUUUUCCUGAUCCUCUUCUGAAAUCAGAGGGUCCGCUGGAAUAAUGUGUCCCUUACAAAAGACUGAAGAAUGCUGAGUGAGUGAGCAGGCAGUGAAGGGCUGAGUCUGACAGAUAAUGAUGGUUUUUAGCAGCGUAUGGUAACAUUUAAAAGUAUAAUUGUAAAAGCAGAGAACUCCUAUAAUGGAUCACCUGUAAUCUACUACUGAAUACUCAUCCAGUUUGGGUAUUACUGUUACAUUUGGCAGUAUAAAAUGUGCAAUGAUGGAGGUGGUCAAUCCAAUGGUUACAUUACUUCAGUUCAUCAGCCAAAAAACAUCUGCUUUAUUUUAUUAUGUUUUCAUAAUCCUCGCAGUCCCAUUGGUCUCCACUGAUGAUUUGAUGGUGCACAUCUACAACUGGAUCAAGUUCACUUGAAGGCAGCCAUAGGAGGUAUUUACAGCAUGUACUCAGUACUGCAGAACACGUGAAUGAAGCUGAAUCCCACAUUUGCAGUGUUUCAAAAUAACAUGAAGUUAUUUAACUAAGUAUAUUUUUGCUUCAUUAAAUAAAGCAACGCAUACUUUUGUCAUCUCUUUCUAAUUUUACUCAUGAUCAAUAAUGACAUGCCAGCUUCCUCUCAUACUCAUCCCUACCAAAAAUGUUUGGUUCUGUUUCCCGUACUAUGAUCAGAUUAAAGGUAAAGAUAUUGUAAAUGUGCAUUUAUAUCAUAAAGUGACGUAUGUGUGUACAUUUCUGAAGACAUCUCCAGUGUUUCCUUUGUAUAGGCCCCCUACUGUACGAUAACCUGAAGUUACAUUUUGUUUGGCACUUGUAUGUAAUUGUAUGCUUUUGUUAUACAUUUGUAUAUUGAGAAGUGUUUUGAGUCAAGCUAUUUAAUAUCUUGCACUGUUAAUAACAUGUACUUUUCUGUACAGACAGCUUUAUGGUUUUAACUGUAGUUUGAGUGUAAAUACUGAGGGUUACAGCAUGUUUGUUCUCCCAUUUUGUCUUCAUUCUUGUUCUCCUGGAUGGACAGUUUUAUUUGAGUUCAUUUAUGUUGUUUUUGUUCUGCCUCUCAUCAGUUUCAAGUAUUUUUUUUCUUCUUCUUUUUUUUUUUAAUUCCAUGUUUUGCUUUAGUUUGUAUUCUGUUUUGUUUUUCUAUAGCUUGUGCUUGCAAGAGAAGAAUGGUAGUUUUGGAUGUGGCUGAACUAUUUUCCAACCUGUACAUGGCCUGAAGCUAAAGCUGUAUGAACCUGUAUAUGGAAAAUGGUCUGGAUCAUAGAUUAAGAGAAAGUAAUGGAGCUUAUUGAAAAAUGCUCAAUAGUAUUUAUUAGGCUCAUCUGAUGAUGGUCAUUGUGUAAUUUAUUGUAAAAAUGUAAGCAAAGCAGAAGCCUCUGUUUGAAAUAAAUGCCAUAGUUUGUGAAGUA